AUGGCGCCAAAGUUUAAGAAGCCACGCGCCGCAAGAGGCCUCACUGGUGGCGGCCAAGCCACACUUCGUUCGCUCGGACAUGCCAAUCUGGUUGAAAAGGGCCACAAGGUGAAUCGGCUACUUCACAAGACCAUGAGCAACCCAACCAAGAAUCUCUCUACACAGCAGUGCCACCUGCAGCCAUCCCUGCGAGUGCAAAGAAGUCGAGACUUGGGCCCUCCCCUUCAUUCAGAGCCUCAGCUGCACCCACAAGUGCGAGCAGGUUCAAGAGCAUCUGGAACGGUGGUUGAGGGAGAAGAGAACGCUGGUGGUCAUAUGGGUGUGAUUGCAACCCGAGGACUGAAACGCAAGGCUGGGGCCGAUGGUCCUGGUGGUAUACCACCGCUGCAUGCCAUGGCUCCUGGAUCGAAACGCAAGCCAUUAGCCGCGAUCGACAACUUACAGUCUGCUGCACCAGGCGAUGCAGUGCCAGGGGGUUUUCUCCUCCAGAGUGCGUCUGGCAGGAAGGUAGACGUGUCAGCUGCAGCGGUUGCAGGCGUGAUGAAGCAUUUUGGGGAGGAUGGUGCAGAUGCUACUGCUGCCGCCUCUCCUUCCGCCCUUCCUCUGGAUGCAGUGCGCAACGCUCAUGAUGCUGAAGAAUGGCAGCAGGGGCAGAAGGGGAUGCAAGGACCGCAAGGGCAGCAGGGGCAGCAGGGAGUGGAAGGGCAGCAGGGGAUUCAGGGGCAACAGGAGCAGAAGGGAGUGGAAGGGCAGCAGGGGAUUCAGGGGCAGCAGGGAGUGCCAGUGACAAAUGAGUCAACAGCUGUUGCUCUCACCACCGCAUUGAACCCAUCUCCCUUGUCACUGCCACCAGAACCACCACCACAACCACCACAUACAGCUGCAGCUCUCAUAACCACCGCACAGGACCCAUCUCCUCUGUCACUAAUACCGCCACAGCAGCAACCACCACCACGAACACCUGCUCGUGCAGCAAGUUUGUUCCAAACAGCCCGGGGCAAGCCAGUCCAUUUGUCUUCGGCUGCUGUGGACAAGGCGUGUGCUCUGCUGGGCGUGCAGCAGCAUGACAGACCACGUUUUGGUGAUGGUAGUGCUAAUCCGGGGCGAGGUGAAGUGGAAGGAUCAACUGUCAGGGCGAGUUUGUUUCAAACCGCUUCAAAGAAGCCAGUGCGCGUGUCUGCAGCCGCUGUAGACAAAGCGUGUGCUCUGCUGGGCGUGCAACAGUGUCAGAGGCCACGGUUUGAUGCCCCUCAGAUCACACCACCUCCACUGCUGAACGCUCAAGGCCACAUGGGGUCAGAGUUCAACGCGCCUCAAAUCAUGCCGCUUACACACGUGCCCCCGGCUCUGCUGAACGCUCAUGGGCACGAGGGGCAGAGCUCUCAUGCGCCUGCAGCAAUGGAGCUUUCAGUGCGGAACUCAGGAGCAGAGCUGGCAGUACUGGCGCAGCCAGAUGCUGGAGCAAGUUUAGUGGGAGCGACUGCGGGAGGGAGUCUGUUCCAAACCGCCCGGGGCAAGCCAGUCCCUUUGUCUUCAGCUGCUGUUGACAAAGCGUGUGCUCUGCUGGGCGUGCAGCAGUGUGAGCCUGCACGGUUUGACAUACCCAGAAUCGCACCACCCAAACACUGUCCCUUAGCACUGCUGGACGCUCAAGGGCAUGAGGAGCCAGCAGGAAUGGAGCUUUCAGUGCGGAACCCAGGAGCAGAGCUGGCAAGAGUGGCGCAGCCAGAUGGUGGAGCUGGUUUGAGGGGAGCUAUACCAGGGGGAGCGACUGUAAGGGCGGGUUUGUUCCAAACUGCCCGAGGCAAGCCGGUUUCCGUGUCUUCAGCUGCUGUGGACAAGGCGUGCGCGCUGCUGGGCGUGCAGCAGGGGCCGCCAGCACUGCUGGACGCGCAAGGGCAUGAGAGGCAGAACUUGCAUGUGCCUACAUCAAUGGACCUUUCAGUGCGGAACUCGGGAGCAGAACUAGCAGUAGUGGUGCAGCGAGAUGGUGGAGCUGGUUUGAGGAGAGCUUUACCGGGGGAUGCGAUUGUAGGGGCGGGUUUGUUCCAAACUGCCCGAGGCAAGCCGGUUUCCGUGUCUUCAGCUGCUGUGGACAAGGCAUGCGCGCUGCUGGGCGUGCAGCAGGGGCCGCCAGCACUGCUGGACGCGCAAGGGCAUGAGAAGCAGAGCUCUCAUGCGCCAGCAGGAAUGGAGCUUUCAGUGCGGAACCCAGGAGCAGAGCUGGCAGUAGUGGCGCACCGAGAUGGUGGAGGUCGAUUGGGAGGGGCUAGUCAAGGGGGAGCGACUGUACGGGCACGUUUGUUCCAAACAGGCCGAGGCAAGCCAGUUUCUCUGUCUUCAGCUGCCGUUGACAAGGCGUGUGCUCUGCUGGGCGUGCAGCCGUGUAAGAGACCAAGUUUUGAUGCGCCCAGGAUCAGCGGCGACCCUGCCGUGCCUUUGCUGCAGGGCGCAGGAGCAGAGCAGGCGAGUGCGAUAUGGCCAGAUGGCGGAGCUAGUUCAGGUGCAGCGACUGGAGUGGAGGAUUCGUUCCAAACAGCCCGCGGCGAGCCGGUGCACAUAUCUUCAGCUGCCGUGGACAAGGCGUGUGCUCUGCUGGACGUGCAGCAGUAUGAAGGUCCUCCACAGUUAGAAGCACCAAGGAGGAUCAGUGGUGAGCCAACAGUGCGUCUCCUGGAGAGCUCAAGUGCGGGAGCAGCAGAGCAAAAGAGAGCGGCACAGCGAGGUGCUGGAGCUAGUCCGGGGGGAGUUACUGCCGGGAUGGCUUUGCUUCAAACAGCUUCAGAGAAGCCAGUUUUGUUAUCUUCAGCCGCUGUGGACCAGGCGUGUGCUCUUUUGGGGGCGCAGCAGCAUGAGAGGCCGCGGUUUGAAGGCAGUGCUAGCCUGGGAGGCGCGACUGUCAGAACAGCGGGUCUGUUCCAAACCGCUUCAAAGAAGCCGGUGCACAUAUCUGCAGCUUCUGUGGACAAGGCGUGUGCCCUUUUCGGAGUGCAGCAGCGUGAGAGGCCGCAGCUUGAAGGCAGUGCUAGUCUGAGAGGAGCGACUGUUCGAACAGCGGGUCUGUUUCAAACCGCUUCAAAGAAGCCGGUUGUUUUGUCUUCAGCUGCAGUGGACAAGGCGUGUGCUUUUCUGGGCUUGCAGCAGCAUGAGGGGCCACGGUUUGAAGCUCCCAGGAUUACACCUUCUGGAAGCACCGCACUGCCCUGUCCCCCCCAACCAUGUGCAGCGAUUGAACCAUCUCCACAUGCUCCCCUCGCCCUUCCUGCUCCUGAUCCUGCUGCUGCCCCGCCUCCUCCUCUCGCUCUGCCUGCUCCCGAUGCAGCUGAUGAAUCCACCCUUCGUCCCCCUUCCCCUCCUUCCUGGCCUCUCGCUCUCUCCCAACCCUCAUCACAAGGUGUGGCCGUGCCUGCGGUGGAGGCUCGGGCAGCUCUUGCCAGGGCAGAAGAAAUGGUUGCGAGCCUGUUUGACCUGGGGACAUGGGGUAGUGGUGGCGGAAAUGGGAGCUAUGGGGAGGGGAGUAGGAGCGAUGGUAGUGGGAGUGGGAGGGAUGGUGGUGAUAGUGGGAGGGGAGGUGGUGGGAGUGGGGCGGGCGGUGGAAGCGGGGAGGGCGAUGGAGCUUCCCCACACACCCCCGCACUCGCCCAACCACCUCCCCUCCGUUCCUCCAAUCCUAUCCACCCCACCUCUCCUCUCCGCCCCUGUCCUCCACUCCACCCGUCCUCUCCUCUGCACCGUUCGCGUAUCCCAUCCCACCCCUCCAACUCUCCUCUCCACCACUCUCAUACUCCCCUCCACACCUCUCCCAAUCGGCUCCACAACGCUCCCCUCCACACUUCCCCCACCCCUCUUCACCGCUCUGGCACCACUCUCCGCCGCCCCUUAACUCCCCUAAACCGUUCUCCGUCCACCUCGCCCUCUCCACGGCGGGCGUUCAUACCCCCCACCUCCACCAUCCCCUCCCUCUUCUCCAAGCACCGCCCGCCUCGCUCCCGCUCUGCCGGCCUGCCACCCAUCCCCAUGCGUUCACUCACUGAUGCCGCUGAUCCGCCAUCUCUUGACGUCAACCAGAAAGCAGCAGAGGGACGUGUGACUGCUGACAAUGGUGCAGUAUUAAAGUCAAUGAGUGGGUCGAGGACUGAUGGUGCAGGUGCAGCAGGAUCAGGAGCAGGCGGGGCAGAGGGCGCGGGUGCAGUAGUGAUGGUUCGACAGCAAGAAGGGGGGCUGAGGCGACUGCAUGAUCUGUACAGGGAUGCGGAUGGGAAGCCGAGGAGGCGGCCCUGCAUGGCUGAGUACUUCGGGUAUCCGCCUGGGCUUGAACGAGUGGAGGGCAAAGUGUCAGAAGAAGUGCGCAAAAUGACAGCAGAGUCCGCCCUCACAUUUGUCUUCACAAUCCCAUCUGCUGUUCAGUCCCAGCAACAGCAAGCACAGCCACCAUUGCUCACUGCCUCAUCACUUCCCGCUCUGAUAGCACUACCAGAAGACUCAUUGGCAGCAGAACCACCUCCACCAGUAGCACUGCCACCAGCCACACAGCCAUCACUCUCACCACCAUCACCGCCGUUACCCCAGCCACCACCAUUACUACCUUCAUCACCUCAACCAUCGCCACCAGCAGCUGGGUUCAGAGGUGGGCGAGAGGGCUCAGAAGCGGCAGAUGUAGGUGACAUUGUACAGGUAGCCGGUGCAACAAACGUUUCAGGUGCAGCAGACGUUUCAGCAGACGCUGUAGGUGCAGCAGGUUUGGCAGAUGUAGCAGAUAGAGCUAUUCUGACGGCAGCUGGAGGUGAUGCAGCAUGCGCAGCAGAUGUUGCCAGUGCAGCGGACGCUGCAGCAGGUUUAGCAGAUUUAGCAGACAGGGCCAGUGGUGCAGCCGCAGGCAAUCAUAUGGAACAUGACGUAGGGUCAUGCUCUGGCGACAGACAAGCGCAUGCAGCAGCCACAGAGGCUGGGUGCGUCAUCCGAAGUGAUUUUAUCGCAGCAGCAUCAGCAUCACCAGCAGAGGGAGCGGAGGGAGCUCCAACAGGAGAAAGACGCGAAGGAACAAGAGGGGUAUCAGCACAAGGAGGUGACGCCACGGCUGCUGUUCUGACGAUUGUUGGAGCUCCAGAUGGUGGAGAGAGGGCGGGUGUGGGGGCGAAGGAUUUUCAGGACAUGCUGAUAGCAGCAGGCGCCCAUCCCAAGUUCGCCACAAUAGAGUGGGUGACGAACCACUACCGCUGGGUGGUGUGGAAGCUGGCCUGUCAGGAGCGCAGCUUCCCUCGUCGCCUGGCAGGCCGGAUGCUGACGGUGGAGAAGGUGCUGGAGCAGCUCAAAUACAGGUGGGCGUUAAUAAAAGGAUAA